CGGGAAACGCGUCUUUACUGGCGAACUGCAACUCCCAUGAUGCAUCGCUGCUGGAAAUUCGGGAGUGCCGCUGGCCUGCGCGUGCUGCACGUGGACCCGGGUGGAGACAGUGAGGUGGAUGGCCGGGGACUGGCUCUGCGUAGGUUCCCCAGGUGGAACCAGGGUUCCAACGUCUGAGCCAGGCCGGUGGCGCCCAUGUCCAGCCGGGAUCAAAGACAUGGGCGAACUCCUCGGGUCCAGUGACUGCAGCCCUGCCUAGAGACUACAGCUGUGUUGGAUGAGGACAAUGGAUGAAUGAAACACGGCCCCUAUUUGCUUUCCUUGGCCCUGCCUGAGCAGGCCUGCCUGACGAGCUGGGACAUGUCCAGCCCCCAAGGACCUUCUGUGGGUGAUGGCUGCAGUGUUGGAGGGGCUGGAACCAGAGGAAGCUGCUGCUGCUGCAGAAGAUACUAUAAGACGUGCUGCAGAGGCUGUGGAUGCUGGACCUCGGGCGCCUCCUCUCUUGCCUGGGCACCAGCUAAACUUGGACCUAUACCCCAGGGGCUGCCACCGGCUGCUGCACUUGUGUGCCCAGCAGCCCCAACAGCUGCUGCAGGUGGAGUUCUUGCGGCUGAGCACCCACGAGGAUCCCCGGCUGCUGGAGGCCACCCUGGCCCAGGUGCCCUGGAGCCUGCUGCACCUCCGUUCCCUUGUCCUCAAAGGAGGGCAAAUCCGAGGGCCCUUGGGUGCCUGCCUCCGGGGUACCCUAACCACACUGCCCACUGGCCUAAGUGGUCUCGCCCACCUGGCCCACCUGGAUUUGAGCUUCAACAGGUUGGAGACCCUGCCAACCUGCAUCCCACAGCUGCACAGCCUGGAUGCACUCCUGCUCUCUCACAACUGCCUCUCAGAGCUGCCUGAGGCCCUGGGGGCUCUGCCAGCCCUCACCUUCCUCACUGUGACACACAACUGCCUGCAAAGGCUCCCCACAGCACUGGGGACCCUGUCCACCCUGCAGCGCCUUGAUCUCUCUGAGAACCUUCUGGACACUGUGCCCCCUGAGAUUGGAGGCCUGAGCAGCCUCUGUGAGCUCAAUCUGGCCUCUAACCGGCUGCAGAGCCUCCCAGCCUCCCUUGCGGGGCUGCGGUCCCUGCAGCUUCUCCUUCUGCACAGCAACCUCCUGACCUCAGUGCCUGCUGGCCUGGCCCACCUCCCAAUGCUCACAAGGCUUGACCUGAGGGACAACCAGCUCCGGGACCUGCCCCCCGAACUCCUAGAUGCCCCCUUUGUGCGCCUACAGGGGAACCCCCUGGGUGAGGCCUCGGCAGAUCCUCUGAGCCCCCCAGAUACACCUGAGGUUCCAGAAAUGCCCAGACUGUUCCUGACUUCAGAUUUGGACAGCUUCCCUGUGACUCCCCACGGCUGCUCUGUGACCCUGGCCUGUGGUGUCCGCCUACAGUUCCCAGCGGGGGCCACCACUACUCCAGUCACCAUCCACUAUCGACUGUGGCUGCCGGAGCCAGGCCUCAUCUCCCUGGGUCCUCACGAUUUCCUGCUCAGUGGUGUCUUGGAGCUGAAGCCCCAUGGGGUGGCCUUCCAGCAGGAUGUGAGCCUGUGGCUACUCUUUGUACCCCCACGGACCCGUCGGUGCCGUGAGGUAGUGGUCAGGACCUGGAGUAACAGCAUCUGGAGUGACCUGGAGACCCACCUGGAGGAAGAGGCACCCAAGCGGCUCUGGGCUCGCUGCCAGGUGCCCCACUUCUCCUGGUUCCUUGUGGUUUUGCGUCCUGUGUCCAAUGCCUGCCUGGUACCACCAGAGGGGACCCUGCUGUGCUCCUCUGGUCAUCCUGGGGUCAAGGUUAUCUUUCCCCAUGGGGCCACGGAGGAACCUCGUCAUGUCUCCAUGCAGGUGGUCCGUAUGCCUGGCCGAGAGUUGCAAGCCCUCCUUGGGGAGCCAGAGGCCGCGGUGAGCCCUCUGUUGUGUCUCUCACAGAGCGGCCCCCCCAGCUUCCUCCGACCAGUCACUGUGCAACUGCCUCUGCCCCCUGGUGUCACAGGCUUCAGUCUGGACCGUUCCCGCUUGCACCUGCUGUAUCGGGCCCCUCCCGAAGCUACCUGGGAUGACAUCACAGCUCAGGUGGCACUGGAGCUCACCCACCUGUAUGCGCGCUUCCAGGUCACACACUUCUCCUGGUACUGGCUCUGGUAUACCACCAAGACCUGUGUGGGGGGCCUGGCACGGAAGGCCUGGGAGCGGCUGCGGCUGCACAGAGUGAACCUCAUCGCGCUGCAGAGGCGCCGGGACCCCGAGCAGGUUCUGCUGCAGUGCCUGCCCAGGAACAAGGUGGAUGCCACCCUGCGGCGGCUGCUGGAGCGUUACCGUGGCCCUGAGCCCUCCGACACUGUGGAGAUGUUUGAGGGCGAGAAGUUCUUUGCAGCCUUUGAGUGUGGCAUUGAUGUGGAUGCUGACCGCCCAGACUGUGUGGAUGGCAGGAUCUGUUUUGUCUUCUAUUCACACCUGAAGAAUGUGAAGGAGGUAUACGUCACCACCGCCCUAGACCGGGAGACUCAGGCUGUGCGAGGCCAGGUGUCCUUCUACCGGGGCUCAGUUCCUGUGGAGGUGCCCCAGGAGGCUGAGGCUGCCCGGCAGAGGAAGGGCGCAGAUGCCUUGUGGAUGGCCACUUUGCCCAUUAAGCUGCCGAGACUCCAGAGGUCUGAGGGGCGUGGGCAGGGGGCUGGCCUCUCCUUGGUGCCUCUGAACCUGGGUGAUGCUGACACUGGCUUCCUGACUCAGAGCAAUCUGCUGAGUAUAGCUGGGCGCCUGGGUCCUGACUGGCCAGCCGUGGCCCUGCACCUGGGCAUGCCCUACCGGGAGCUGCAGCGCAUCCGGCAUGAGUUCCGGGAUGACCUGGAUGGCCAGAUCCGUCACAUGCUCUUCUCCUGGGCCGAGCGCCAGGCUGGAAACCCUGGGGCUGUGGGGCUCCUGGUGCAGGCACUGGAGCAGAGUGACCGGCAGGAUGUGGCUGAAGAGGUCCAUGCCAUCUUGGAGCUUGGUCGCCACAAGUACCAAGACAGCAUCCGACGCACGGGCUUGGCCCCUGAGGACCCUGCUCUACCGGGCACUUCAUCUUCACAAAUCUCAGAGCCUGCCCAGGCCUAGGCCCAUGGGCUUGAGCUGGCCCCUGAUGUGCCCUGGCACAGCCACUACCCUCAACCCUCUGCCCUGUGUGGGGACAGUGUCU